UCAAAAAUGGAUGAAAAUGAAGAUUUGUUACAAGAUCUAAUUGAACAUUCAAAGAAGAGGCCAAAGUAUGCCUGCAUGGUGUCAUGGGAGUUUAAAAAUGAAACCAAAAAGUCCCACAGAAAGAAAAAGCAGCUGCAGCAAGAAUCCAUCAAAGAGCUUGAGGCAAGUAAAGGUAACGAGGAAAAAGACAAGGAGUUUUCAUCAUCAUCAUCAGCACAGGAAGAAGAAUAUGAUUCAGAGAGUUCGUAUUACUCUGCUGAAGAAGUAAUAGAUUCUGAAGAAUCUACAGGCAGUUUGGAGGAAGCUCUGGAUGGGGUUAAUUUACAAAAUGACACAAGUUGUGUGAAUUAUCCUUCACAGGCAAAUAGUCGAUAUCGAGCUCCAAGUAAAAAGCAGAAGCGUAAAAGACGUUAUCAGUUGACCUACUUUGAUCAGAUUCUGCCAUUUAUGAACUGUGGACUUAGCAUUGAGGAAGAUAUCCAAGAAGUUGUGGCUGAAAUUCAGGGGAAGCAAAUCGUUGUGUUGAGGGAGGUGCCAAGCCUAUCCUUUCUAUGUAUUAAGAUGCUGAGAGGAAUAAGGUUCCCUUCAGAUUCUAUGCCCAGUCUACUUAAGUCACAGAUCUAUGGUGCCAACACAGACUUACAAUUUAAGAAAUUUCAGUAUGGAUGGUUGUUAAACAUGCUGGCUUUAAUAGAAAAGAGAGAAGAUUAUUAUUUGUUCUGGUCAAGAAAAUCAGGGAUCAAUAAAUAUGUACAGGUAAUGGUGCUUCCAAUGUGCAGUGUGUGGUAUCCCCUGCCUUAUUUAAAGGGAUCAAGAAUACAACUUACAGAUGUUUACAACAUGAACAAAGUCACAGCAUGUAUGAUGUACACCAGUGGACAUGCAACACUGUGUCCGAUUGCAAUACAAUACGGGUGUGCUGCGACCCCUUAUGAAAUAUUGUGGUGUAUGCCUUGGAUUCUGUCAGUUUCAGCUCUGGGGACUUUAAUUGAAUGUAUGCUACCAUCUCAAAUAUCUCAGAGGAAACGAAAGGGAAAAGUCCCCUAUCAGAGCGAGGAAGCAGAACUGAGAAUGGCCACCAUAACUGCCAGUCAAAGAAUUAAAUACGUCCUGUCCAAAAGACUUCCAAAAACUGUUGCUGAGUUCUUUAAAGUAGCCCUUCCUUAUGCAUUCUGGGCCAGAGGAGAUAUCCAUAAUGCAACAGAACUGUUCUGCCAGCUCUCUCAGUCACAAAAAAGAUGUAGAUACAAGGCACUGUUUUUGAAUGAAGCAGGUCGAAUGCAUACCAUGUCGGGAGAAACAACCAGUGCUGCCAAAUUUUAUCGAUUAGCUUCAGAGGCUGCUUUAUCUAAACCCAAAAAUACACUGCAUGUUCCUGAAAUAGAAGGCCAGGCUAUGAUGCUGCUUGCAGGUCUGAAUGACCAGGGAAAUAUGAAAGGGAAGGCACAGUCUUCUUGGAAUUCAUGGAGGGCAGUGUUUGCAUGUGAAUCUUAUGUCUCUGAUGGUGCAGCAUUGACAGCAGUGGAACACUGGCUCUGUUUUCAUGCAGGGUCAUGGCAAGGUGACUACUUAGGUGAAUCCAUCAGAAGACUUAUUCCUUUGUGUACACAACACCCCAAGCUUCUGUACCAUCUCUCCUUAGUCCAUGCUCUCAGAGGAGAUGCUCAAAACUCACUGCAAUGUUACUGUGAAUUCAGAGAUAAAGUUUUUGGUUCUAAUCUUCCUGGGGUGGAGAUGGUUCACAAACGAUCAGAUAAUCCAUGGCUGCCCCUGGUGGAUGUAGCCAGAAAACAAGGGCAGAUAACCUGUAUACCUGUUCUCUGGAGAACUCAGCUCAGACCUUUGUGUGUUCAAACAAAACCUAGAGUAACCCAAGAAGCAGAUAUAGUUUCAGAACAACUUAAUUUAAGGAUGACCCCACAAGGAUUUCUAACAGGAGAUAUGCAGUUACUGGCGCCCCCUUGUGGUGGAAUCUAUCUAGAUCCAUAUACAGGGAUGAUUACUUACAACAACAAUGGGACAGAACCAUGGAGGGGAGUCAUGAAGACCGUGGAUCCAUCAGAUUCUGAUCUUUGGAUGCUCAUUAUACCCACGCCUCUCGAGGUCUAUCAUGAUGAGGAUGGAGUCAGUGUUCAUUUAUUGAUGACGUCCCAGACAAAUUUUAAUCUCUAUAAAUUCAAUGAGUUCAGCCAUAAUGUCUGUCAUCUGAUCUGGCGUGGACCUAAUGGUAGAAAAGUCAAGGUCAAUCUUAUCACCAAAUUCGCAGACUUAAUCUAUCAGAGAGUGGAAGAGAAGUUGAAAAACAAAAUACAUUUUCCAGAAGAAUCUCAACGUCAGAUGGCUCUAGAUGCACUGCUUGCAUUACACAAUAAAGGAUGUGGAUUGGAUGCAAUUACUAUUGCAACUUGUGUGAAAAGGAAUACUUCUGAAUAUUCCCAAAAAUCAUCAAAAAAGGACAAAGACAGGAAAAAGGAGAGGAAAAAGCCGAGGAUGGGUAAAGGAAGAAAGCAUGCAUUUAAACUGGUGGCAGAACCUGUCAUGUUUGGGAAGGCAGUAGCAAUGAUAUUUGACCAUUGUGAUCCAUAUGCAAUGUCAAAUUUUCUUGUGAUAGCAAACUGUUCUACAGCAGAGAAGUUUUUGAAAAUGAAAAUCUACUACAAAGGGAAAUGGUCCAGAGACUUCAUACAUUACAAUGAAAGUCAGGAGAAUCCAUACAAUAUACGGCCAUGCCAGUUGUAUCAGGGCUACAGAAUAAACAAUGCUGAAGUUAUUCACUUUUAUUGUUCACAUAGGUUAAUUGAAAUUUAUGAUCAAGAGGGUUCAAUGGUUGAAACUGUACCUCAAGCUGAUACUGCUGGACAUGGAGUUCUGCUACAAAGGAGUAUUUACAAGAAGCAAGUUUACCCACUGAUAAUCAAAGACCAACUUAUAGCUAUCAACCAGGAGAAAAGACUGUUGUGCUUCAGAAAUGGAGAAGAAUUCUACAGUCCAGACAUAGAAAAUGCUACAUCAGUAGCAGCCUUUGGGGACAUUCUGAUCGUUUUGAUGGACAACAAGACACAGUUUGUUGCAGCUCAUCAGCUUCGAAUUCUCAACAUUAAUAUCACAAAAUCCUGUCAGAGUGAUUUAAAGCUGAGGAUAGGAGAAAGCAGACAAGAGAUAGAACAGAGCUUUAAAACUGUACAGGUGUUAUCUACACAGACAGUCACCAGGGACAGUGGGACUUAUCUGUUGUGUAUAGCAGCAUUAGACAGAACCAUAGUGUGUCUGGAAGUACCCAUAGAUACAUCGAAGUGCACAGAGGUCACUGUUUUCCUGACCUUGACCCUGGCAGGUUAUCCAGUGGAGGCCUACUUUAUCAGUAAGACAGUUGGAUUUCUCGUAACUUUCACCCAACACAAUGCCCUGUCUGAGGCCUAUAUCGAACAUCUCUGUCACUACAACUUUGACGGAAAACUGUUGGGAGUACUUCCCUGUCUGGGCCCUGGACCAAGAUCCUUCUGCCACACCCACCUCCCAGGAGACCCUGAGGGAGGGAGUGGAGGACUGUACCUGUACAUGAGGGAUGGACACAAUGGAAUUGUGGGAAUUAACUUGAAUGACUAUCAUCAUUGACAAGUGCUUUCUUAGGACUACAGUCUUGUAGAUGGUACUCUAACAAUGCUUCUGACAUUUGUCAUUAAUGUUUUCACUUUAUAAACAUAGAAAUCAGAGGCCUGCAAUGAAGUUUAGCUGUUUUUGUACAGAUUUUAGCAUGUAAUUUAUGUGUUAAGGAGCUCUAGUGUAUAUACAAUUAUACAUAUAUCAUAUUUCGUGUAGAAAUCUCAAAAUAUUGUCCCAAAACUCACUACCUGUGAUAAUUUUUUUUUCUACCAGUUUACAUUAUUUUUAUAACACAAUUUUAGGCCAAUAGCUCAAAUGAGCUUUCCUGAUCAAAGCUUGUCUGUUAUCUGUCACACAGUUGGUCUGUUAACUUUUCACAUUCUUGACUUCUCCAGAAUAAGAUACAUCUUCCAGUAGAACUUGACCCAAAGCAUCCUUUUGUAUAGGGGGUUCAAAUUUGUUCAAUUUAAGGCCAUGCUUCUUUUAAAGGGGAGGUAAUUAAGAAUAGUAAAAAUCUGUUGUAAUCUAAUUGAAACUUCUCAUUUUAGAAUCGCUGGGCCAUUAAAAUGACUUGCAGGAAUGUUUCCUUAUCAAGUGUAGAUUUAUAUUUUUCAAAUCAGAGCACCAAGAAUAUUGCUGGGCUCCUGUAGAAAUAAAUGUCUUAUACUUAAUUCUUACGUACAAUCUGAUGAUAAACAGGAGGACUACAUAUAGAUAGAUAGAUAGAUAGAUAGAUAGAGAAUUUUGGUAACAUGACCCAAAGAGCUGUAUCACAUUGAGUUGACAGGUGCAGAUUAUCAAUACCAGAUCAAAUGAGAUGCGAGGUAACUAUUAUAAUGAUAAAUUUAUUAUAUACCCCUCUACUAUUAGCUAGUAUGAUAAAACUUUUGGGAUCAAUUAUUCGUACAAAACAUUUUUUCAAGGAACUUUUUGAGAAAACGUCAUGUGUUCUACUCAUCAGUUUCAGAGGGGGGUGAUGAUAUGGAAAGUCAGAUCACACCUCAGGACAGUAAAAUUGAGUGAUACACAGUUGGAUCACACCUCAGGACAGUAAAAUUGAGUGAUACACAGUUGGAUCACACCCCAGGACAGUAAAAUUGAGUGAUACACAGUUGGGUAUAUAAUAAAAUGAGUAGUAUUUAUUUUGUUUAUUUCGUUGUCACCUUGGUUAGUUUGGAGCCAUAAAAGGGGAUCAAAAAUUUACAUGCGAUUAUUAUGGAUGAUAUAGGAAAAUAAUCAUUGAAACUCCUCCACUCAAGAGGAGCAGGGCUACAAUAAAUCAAAUUGAUCUAUUGCAGCAUUCCCUUGUGGUGAAUUCAUGACAUGGCCUCAGAGGCUACAGCAAGACAAAAAUAGAGUAUAAAAGUUUUACAAAGAAAUAUAAUUUUAAAGACUUUUCAAAAACAGAUUGGUUAAAGUUAACCAUAUUAAUAUGAAUUAAAGCUUUCCCAUGUUUAUUCAAAUUUUUUGACUUUGGUGAGCGUUAUCGCCCACGAGGCUUUAAAUAAUUAUCAUGUCAUUGUUAUUUAUU